AAAUUUGGAGCCGAGGGAUUAGUUUUGGGGCGGAGAUGGAGGCACUCUGGGCCAGGCUCCGCCGACUUCUCUCUUGCACACUCAGCUUUCCAGCGCCGAUCCGAGUGGGGUGGGCGGUGUCGCGGGCGUGAUGUCAUCGCUAGGCGCCGCGCAGAGCCCCAAGGAGCCUUGACCUCUCCGCGUGAGGAGCUGCGCGACAAUGCUGCAGCUAGUACGGGCUGGGGUGCGGGCCUGGCUUCGGCCCACGGGCUGCCGGGGCUUGAACGCGCUGACGGAAGAGGCAGUACCCCAGGCGGCGAAGCCAGAGUCAGUAGCUAGCGCUGGUCCCCGGGCGCCCGUGCUGCGCAGGUGCGAGCUCCCGGUCCCCGCGCCGCGGCGUCCGGUGCAGGCCUGGGUGGAGUCGCUGCGGGGCUACGAGCAGGAGCGCGUGGGUCUGGCCGAGCUGCACCCUGAAGUUUUCUCCAUAGCGCCCAGGUUGGAUAUCUUGCACCAGGUUGUCACCUGGCAGAAGAACUUUAAGAGAAUUAGCUAUGCCAAGACCAAGACUAGGGCCGAGGUACGGGGUGGAGGCCGGAAGCCUUGGCCACAGAAAGGCAGUGGGCGUUCCAGGCAUGGCAGCAUCCGCUCCCCGAUCUGGAGAGGAGGAGGCAUUGCCCAUGGCCCCCGGGGCCCCACGAGCUACUACUACAUGCUCCCCAUGAAAGUGAGGGUGCAGGGCCUCAAGGUGGCGCUGACCGUCAAGCUGGCCCAGGAUGACCUGCACAUUGUAGACUCCCUGGAGCUGCCAACCUCUGACCCCCAGUACCUGACCGAGCUGGCCCGCUACCGCCGCUGGGGCGACUCCGUGCUCCUUGUGGACUUAGCCCACGACGACAUGCCUCAGAACAUCGUGGCAGCCGCCUCCGGGCUCAAGACCUUCAACCUUAUCCCGGCUGUCGGCCUGAACGUGUACAGCAUGCUCAAACACCAGACCCUGGUCCUGACCCUGCAGACCGUCGCCUUCCUGGAGCAGAAGCUGCUCUGGCAUGACUCGCGCUACACGCCCCUCUACCCCCUCCGCCUACCCUACCGCGACUUCCCCUGAGCCCCAGUCGUCCUCUACCUGGACCCCUCUGUGCUGGGUGCCUGCGCAGAGCCAGGCCGAGCCCCCGAUGGGCUCAGGAGGCUCGCGCCCAUCCUGUGAGGGCAGAGCGGCACUGCCGAACCCCCUCAUCUCCGUGUGGCCGCACACAGAGUGGCCGAGCAGGCGUCACUACCAGGAAGGAGCGACUCAGCAGAGAGCCGGACUGAACUCUGGCCCCCUUUUUCUCUUUCAUUUUUUAAGAUGAAUCUUAUUUUUAAAUCAAAGAAGAGAAACAGAACAGCUCAUUGCCAUUUUGUAAAUAAUUCCACUUAGCAAAGCAAGCUCUUUCCUCAGUGCUAGGUGCUGCUGGGUACCUCUCUUCUCAAGAGGCAACCUCAGGGCUGUUUAUAGCAAUGACCCACAGUCAGCUUCCCCAGGAUGAGUCAGACCCCAGGAGCGUGCAGAGGAGCGGGGGCACCGCUGUCCCUAGGAACCCGCUCCCGGUGCCUCCCCACUGCCAAGCACUGCCCCGAGAAUUCACAUCCCUGAGGGGCUCGUGUUGCCAUUGGCCAUGGCCCUGCAGGCCAGGCAGGGGAUUCGAUUCUACAAACAGGAAGUGUAAACCUGAGCUUUCAUCAUUAUGAUUUCCCCUAAGCAGAGUCUGAUUCCCUGUGGUCAAUAAAUGAGCAAAUAAACACAUUUUUUUAAAACACUGAAA